AAGAAUCCGUAGCACAUCAACAUCAGAUCAUUUAUUUUCUACAACAUCGUACAAGGUCAUUCUGCGAAUCUCGACCAGAAACUUCCGGUCGAAUAAUUAGGUUCUUAUCUAUCGGCGACUCAGUUCGGAUCUCGAUAUUUACAAAAAGGCGGUCUCUACACGAUUUGCGCGGCGCCUUCCCCUAGCAGGCCGGCCGCAAAAUGGCUCGCGUCUAUGCGGAUGUCAAUCAGCAGAUGCCACGGGCAUAUUGGGAUUAUGAUAGCGUGAAUAUUACUUGGGGCGUGUUGGAGAACUAUGAAGUUGUGCGCAAGAUCGGUAAGCUAGCAAAACCUCCUUUUCUAAUGCUUGAUUUGUUUUAACCCGCUCGUGGCUGCUGUGUGUGCUGGUUACUGACACUCGGAUGUGUGCUCGUGUAGGACGAGGAAAAUAUUCGGAGGUCUUUGAGGGAAUCAAUGUGGCCAACUACCAGAAAUGUGUAAUCAAGGUGUUGAAGCCGGUCAAGAAGAAGAAGAUCAAGAGAGAGAUCAAAAUCCUACAGAACUUAUCAGGAGGUCCGAAUAUUGUCGCCCUCCUUGAUGUUGUUAGGGAUAGUCAAGUAAAUCCAACGUUUCUUAUUACCCCGGCCUAUGCUCCUCCCCUAGGUGGGAAGACUGGAAAAUCGGCACUUACUGGUCUUGAAAAACUCCUUGAACAAGAAACAGACGACUCAUACAUGAUGCAGAGCAAAACACCUUCUUUGAUUUUCGAAUAUGUCAACAACACCGACUUCCGAAGCCUCUACCCUAAGUUUAUCGAUUAUGACGUUCGAUUUUAUAUUUAUGAGCUUUUGAAGGUACAUCAUCUUAAUAGUCAGGAAGCUCCAAAAUGCUAAUGUUGGUAGGCAUUGGACUUUUGUCACAGCAAAGGCAUCAUGCAUAGAGAUGUAAAGCCUCAUAACGUGAUGAUUGAUCAUGAGAACAGAAAGGUGGGAUUGCCGCCAGUCCCGAGAAUGCUUGACUGAUAUUCAGGAUAUAGUUGAGACUUAUCGAUUGGGGCCUUGCUGAAUUUUACCACCAAGGCACAGAGUAUAACGUCCGAGUUGCAUCAAGAUAUUUCAAGGGACCAGAAUUGCUCGUUGACUUCCAGGAAUAUGACUACUCUUUGGACAUGUGGUCUUUAGGUGCUAUGUUCGCUUCUAUGAUCUUCCGCAAAGAACCAUUCUUCCACGGAAACAGCAACUCAGAUCAGUUGGUCAAGAUUGCUAAAGUACUCGGUACUGAAGACUUAUUCGACUACCUCGACAAGUACGAGAUUGAGCUCGACGCACAAUAUGAUGAUAUCUUAGGCAGAUUCCCAAAGAAGAACUGGCACAGCUUUGUCAAUGCCGAGAACCAACGAUUCGUUACUAAUGAAGCUAUCGACUUCUUGGACAAACUUCUCCGUUACGAUCACCAAGUAUGACUACUAUUUAUCAUCAGGUUUUUGGCAUAUGCUAACAUGUGAUUUAGGAACGUUUGACUGCCAAGGAAGCCAUGGCCCAUCCAUUCUUUGCACCUAUUCGCGCCGAUGAGCAAGCUGCACGUGGCGCUGCAGCCCCUACUACAUGAUCUCCCUCUACUCCAUACGACUCUAAAAACUUACCCAACGUCCAUAUGAGCUCACUUUAACUUCUAUGAUUCAUAUGAGCUUGUCCAAUUCUGAAUAGCGUUAUGCCGUUCGGCUUGAUAAUGUUCUAUUUUCAGAGCCACCUCACGUACUUCGCCUUUAUACAUUGAGUAUGAGAAUCACGGAGAUGUUCGUUUCGACGGGGCGGGAUCUGGAGGAUGGUGGCGGGGACCAGGCGUUUAUGAUGUUUUUUUUUACAUGACCAAACUUGCAUACCCUCUGCUCUUACUCUCAGUCGAGCAUUGAAAGUUCUAAUGCAACUUUGUAGAUAGACUAAAUCAACUCAAGAUUUUGUGUUUAUCGCAAUAUUCUUCCAUUCGUUGUUUUUAAAAUAUAAUAUCUUUUUUUUGUA